AUGAAAGAGUCAUCGUCUUGGAAAAUAUUUACUUUUCUUGUUGUACAAUCUCUAUUAAUAUUUGUAGUUGUUUUACUUAAUUUGAUUUUAAUUAUCGUCUUUCGAUCAUCAUCAUUAUCAACAAAUACAUCCGUAAUUGCAACUACUGAUCUAAAUUUUGUUAAAAUCCUUCUUAAUCAACAGCCCUGCGCUCAGUGCGGUUGUCCUUUUAUUCAACCUGUCUUCGAGGAUAAUAUCACAAGUCGAAUUGUUAACGGUGAAAUCGCCCAACCCCAUUCUUGGCCUUGGCAUGCUUUGUUAGUUGUUUAUAACAGAAAUGGUAUCUGGUCAUCAGCAUGUGGAGCAAGUCUUUUAUCUUCCCGAUAUGUACUAACAGCUGCACAUUGUGUCCACGGUCAUUCAGCCACUGCCAUUUACAUUCAUACUGGUCUGCAUGAAAUUACAAACAAAACAUUGAGCCCAUUCAAUGGUUAUCAAGGCCGAUCAAUUUAUAUCCAUGAAUCCUAUAGUCAAUUUUUGCUGAAUCAUGAUAUUGCACUGAUUAAAUUGAAAAAUCAAAUACUUCAAGAUAAUCGAACGAUUGGAUUUAGUUGUUUAGAUUUAGAGGAUGAUGGUGGUGAAAACAAACACGAAGAAGACUAUAAUGAACUGUUUGUGGCUGGGUGGGGUCGUAUUUCGGGUAAUCCUUUGAAUUACACAACUUCAACACUAUUAAAACAAUUAAAAUUGAAUUAUAUAUCACCAUUUGAUCAGCGAUGUGCCAUGGUUAUAGGACAAGCAGAUCAAUAUCGACCGGGACAAAUGUGUGCUUGGAAUGCAAAUGGUAGUGCUUGUCGCGGUGAUAGCGGGGGUGCAUUGGUGAGAAGAGUGAAACUGAAUGAACAAUACUAUUAUCAACAAGUUGGCAUUGUUUCUGGAUCAAUUAGUUGUGGCUUCAAGGAUCAGAUGCCGGAAACUUAUACAAGAAUAAAAUAUUAUACAAAGUGGAUAAAAAAUAUUGUUCAGUAUGCUGAAUUAGAUUAUGAAAACGACUGA